AUGCCUUCAACAACAAUAUCAACUGAUAAUAUCAUUAAUAUUCAAAAAUCUCGGGAUGAAAAUGAAACUGUAAAAUAUACCGAAAAAUUGCAUCAUUUAAUCAAUCAUUCAAAUAUUUCAUUUCCAUUUUCAUCAUUUCGUCAUACUAUUGCACAAAAUUUUACGAUUGAUACUUCGCGCGCAAAAACAAACAAACAUAUUGUUUCAAUAUGCGCCGCAAAAUUGGGUUUACAUGAGUAUCCAGAAGGACGAGAAGAUGGUGGUAUAUGUGAUAUUUAUUGGCAUAAUAAUAUGCAACACGAUAUACGAUCAAUUAUCAAAAAUCCUCAAUGUAAAAUUAAUAAAUUUCCAGGAAUGUCAGAUUUAUCGAAGAAAAUUUCACUAACCCGCGCAAUUACCUCAAUGCGUCGAUUAUUUCCGGAUGAAUAUGUAUUUUAUCCGUCAAGUUGGUUUAUUCCGGCACAACUUGAUGCAUUCAUUAAACAUUGCAACAAAUGCGCUAAAUCCGGCGAACAUUCGACAUCAUUUCAAAAUAGCAACAAUUGGUAUAUUGUAAAACCGGAUGAUGGAGCUCAGGGAACAGGAAUUUAUCUAAUCCAAAAACCAGAAGAAAUACGAAAACCUGAAACAUGUCAACUUAUUCAGGAAUAUAUUGCUGAUCCUUAUCUAUUAAAUGAUAAUUUAAAAUUUGAUCUUCGCAUUUAUGCUAUCAUUAAAAGCAUUAAUCCAUUAUCAAUUUAUGUUGCUCGUGAAGGUAUGGCACGAUUUUGCACGGAACAAUAUGCUACACCAACAUCAUCAAAUUUUGACAAUUUAUAUGCACAUUUAACAAAUUAUUCGUUAAAUAAAGAAAAUAAUGCUUACAUUCAUAGCUUAUCCUUAAUAGAUCAGAUCAAAGGAAGUAAACGUUUAUUAUCAACUGUUUUUCAUCAAAUGGAAGCACGAGGUGUAAAAAAGCAACAAUUAUGGCAUGAUAUUAAAAUAAUAAUUGUUAAAACGGUAAUUGCAAUGUUACCUGAAAUUAUUCUUAAUUAUGAACAUUAUUUCUAUGAUACAAUUGGUCCACAAUGUUUUCAGGUUAUUAAAAUUCCAUUGGUAAGAGAUACAAUUCUUUUAGUUCUCAAUUUAAUCGAUGUUGUUUAUCCGAAUCAGUCAUUAACUAAUUUGACACAUUCGAAUAGUAACUGUCCUCGGAAAACAAUGGAUGAUAUGGGCGAAUUUGGAGCAAAACAAAGGUGUCAUCUAACAGAGGUCUGA